AUGCGACGCCUCCCAUCCCGGUUGAGUUAUCUGUGAGUAUUUCCUGCAACCCUCAAUUCCCCUUCUGUUGAUUAAUGUUUGAUUAACGUGCCCUAAUGUAUAAUAACUCAUUUAUGUUUCUCUUUUUCAGGUUCCUACACUUCUUUGCAUUCUGCUACUAUGCUCAGGUAUGUCCAUAUGCAUGAUUUGAAAUAGACCAUUUAUUUUUUAUAAUAGGCUAUAGGAUUCUUGAUUAUGAUUUUAAAUAUCUCACGCGUUUUCGAUUCAUUUACUGUUCAGUCUAUCAGUGGAUUUAUUCAUUAUUGGAUAAAACUGUCAAUCUCCUUGGACGACAAGUCCUUAUUUUAGCAUGUUGAAAAUUCGUAGAACAUCAAAUGUAAAUAGUUAAAACAUGGUUUCUGGGACUGAAAGCACGGUGUAAUAAUAGCGAGCAGUGAGGGAUAGAGAGGUGAUAGAUCAUCAUAUAAUUUGUGAUAUAACAACAUAUCAGCUGGGUCACAAGGCGCAAGGGGCAGCGGGCGCGCUGCAUGCUGCCGGCGUCACAGUUUGGCAGGUAUCUUGCGAACAUACCUCACUCGCGCAGGAUGCGUGGGCACAGAAGGGGCAUCGCGUGGGGAAAGGCAAGUCUGAAAAAUGUCUUGAGGUUCAAAUAUAAGGGCCAGAAGUUUCCGUCAUCGUUCCUUAACUGUCGUCCCUUGAAACAGACACGAGGGCGUAUGGCGAAGUGUCAAAUAGGGAAACGUUUAAGAUAGGCAUUAAUAUGCCCACUUGCUCCAUUUUAAUGUAAGUGAAAUAUUAAACAUUUAUUAUGUAUAGCCUAUUUUAUAUUUUAGACAUGUUUAGUAUUUACCUUCACACUAGGCCUACGCUGACUUUUACUCACAAGCUGUUGCACGUUGCGCCCACUUUUUAAUUUCAAGGAGGUUUUCCUGCGUUUAAUUAUGCAUGCGUAAUUUAAGGAACUGUAUGCCUUUGCAUUAGGGUUAAAUCAUUAUGGUCUAUUGCAUUUUAUCAAGUGAUGCGUUAUUAGGCCUAUAGCCUAAAGAAAAUUGGAAACAUCUUUCCAAAUUGGCUUCUUUUGGUUUUAGAGCUAAAUUAUGAUAUUAUUGCUUAAAACAUAGGCAACUGUAAUUAGCCUACUUUGAAGCCAUUUUUGCAAAUACUGAUUGUGAUUACAUUUAAUUUCUGACAGGUAACCAAUCAGUCCUCGCCUAAUUUCACGCAGCAUGUAAGCGAACAGAGCAAGGUGACGGACCGUGUGAGCCGCAGGUUAAUUCGGACCUACCAGCUUUACAGCCGAACCAGCGGGAAGCACGUGCAGGUUCUGCCCAACAAGAAGAUCAACGCCAUGGCAGAUGAUGGAGACAUAUACGGUAAGCCCAAUAUCCACAUUUUGUGGAUUUGUUUCAAGUUCCUCGCACUUUUUCUCGGUUUUAACUAGCCCAAAUGCAUUAUUAAGUUAAAAACUCUAAACUAACUUACUAAAAUAAACGUAGGCCCUAUGGCUACAACAGGCUUAGGAUAUGCCUAUAUAGACAUAUAGGGCGUGAAGGCCCAUUUUGGUAUAGCAAACUACCCACUGGGCAAAAACUGGUUCAAUCAUAAUUUCAACCCAAAAAAUCAAUGUGAUGACGUUGAAUCAACGUGGAAAACUGAUUUGGAUAUUCAAAAAGUAAUCAAUGUAAGGGCAUUUCAUAUAUGUUUCACCCCAACUUUUAACCUAAAUGACACGGUGACAUUUUUAGUUGAUUUCACGUUGACAACUCAACCAAAUGUAGGCCUAAAUACAAACUAGACAUUGAACUGACGUCUAUGCCCAGUGGGAGGUUAGUAGCCUAAUACUUAUACAGUGACUAAAUUAAACAGAAGUUGUUUUUCUGUCGUUUUUUACAGUAAAUAACACGCGACUGUAUCUAGCAGGUAUUGUUGAGAAGACCUCCAAACAUUUUAAUUGGAUUGAAUAUUGUGCUGUAGGUGAUUCUCCAGAGAAACGCAUGUCUGGAAGAGCCAUUAGAAAUAAUUUUACUUCAACCUUCUGAACAUUUCCUGCAUAGCUCUCUCUUUCUUUACUCUGACCAGCUUUAGAGCCAAAAUAGGCCGCGCUGAAUUUCCAACUAGCACGCUUGCAUUUUACGCACAGUUUCCCCUGGACAGCCAGGCUACAUUUAUCUAUUAUCUUUGCAUAUUCACAAAGAUUUAUAUUUUGUUCAAACUUCGAAUUUCUAUUUUUAAAUGAAGUAAAUGAAAACAUGUUUUAUUUGUUAUUCCCAUUGCCAUUAAAUGGUGUUAGAAUUAAAUAUAAUUUGGCAGCAAACUGGACCUUUGGCUCUGUGUGUAUCCUGCUGUAGGUCAUGUCUAAUGUGGUUUAUUGAGUGUGUGUGUUUGUGGUUUGCACCAGAGGGUGUGGAGAUGCUCAGGUCAACUGUGCCAGUGCCACCUUUACCCUGGUAGUAGGUUGUAUGUGUGGGUCUGCAGCUGUGGCUUGCAUGAAGCUUGUAUUGUUUAGCCCAACCAUCUGAUUACGACCAUAGCCAUAACUACCACAGUGUGCAUGAAUCAGAGAGGGGCUAGAAACUCUAAUAAGCAACAUACAAGUGGCUAACAUUUUGAAAUGACAGUAGGCCUAUUUGUCGAUUUUUUAUGACUCUUAAUAAUUCUUAGUAAGCCUAUGAAAAGUUGAUUAUAAUGGCUAGGUAGGCAUUGUGUGCAUCCAUGGAAGGCAACAACUAAAUAGAUAAACACAUUUUAGUAAAAUAAGGAGGCGGGGUUUAUCAAUCAUAGAAGCAGAUGUGAGACUUACAGCAUCUAUAGACACAUAUUUAGAUAAACCAUUUUAACACACUUCUAUUUAUGUUCUUCUUUCUUCUGUUUCCAAGUUUGAUAUAUGAAUGUGGUGCUUAUGUGUGAAGUGAGUACAAAUGUAGAAAAAAAGAGUUGAUAGUCCUUCCAGCCUCUUUCCUUUUCAAAGACACAUGUUUUUAUCAUUCUGCAAGAAUUGAAGCUUGCAUAAAUCCUCAAGAAUGGUCCCCACAGGUUGUGUGUGUGUCUGAUGAUAUAUAGAAUUUGCUCAUAUAAAAAUAUAAACUGAAUCAACCAAACCAUGUCUUCAAGCAACAUGCCAUUACUAAUAGUGGCAAAGCCCUGGUUGAUAAUAAAACUCCUUUGUUUCCUCAGCCAAACUCAUCGUAGAGACGGACACGUUUGGAAGUCGCGUGCGGAUCAAAGGAGCAGAGACAGGAUUCUACAUCUGCAUGAACAAGAGGGGGAAGCUGAUCGGAAAGGUAGAGAGAAAAGUUCCUUUGAGCACUGCACUGGGGGUUAUGCUCGUUUUCCAUUGGCUCGGUUUUCGAGGUUCUUAGGCUAUGGUUCCGCUGUUUGAUUAUAUUGUAGUUCUGUUUGGGGGUUCUAAGACCAGUGGUUUUUGUAUGGCGACUCUGCAACAGUUCUUACCAUAGUUCAGUGUGGCUGUGGUUCUGUCUGGUGGUUCUCUAUAGCUAGGCUUCAGAACUGUCCACCACUGGUAGGUUCUGCAUGUGAGAGGUUUAGAGUCGUUGUAUGUUGUUGGAAGUCUCCUACUCUGUGUAGCGUGUUGUGGGUCCGAGGGUGUCUCUGCUCCUCUCUCGCUGUGCUGGCUAAUAAACAGGGCUGCCAUCUCCGCCCCCCCCUACAGAACCCUGCCAGGUGCACCAUCUGCCCUGAGCUGCCUCUCUCUGCCAUACCGGCUCAGCAACAGCCUGUGUGUGUGUGUGUGUAUGUGUGUGUGUGUAUGUGUUUCUAAAUGACUGUAUGUAUAUAUUUGUGUAUGUUGCACUUGCUUGCUGGCUGCAUGGAUGCUAGAUUUAUUUUGAACAGCCCAUUUUGUCCAGCUAGGUUGAGCUAAAUUAGAGCUGCCGUUGUGUGACGUGUCACAGACCAGUGGAGUUUGGGCUGGAGGGAUUGUGGGAGGACGCAGGGCCUAGCUACUGCUCAUGAUACAAGAGCACAAACCCCCCUUCACUCUCACUGUAGAAGCCAACAAAAUGUAGAGAUAGAUAGAAUGAAUGCAAAUCAACCAUGUAUUUGAUUGUACCGAAGGGAGACUAGUCUAGUUUAUCCACACAUGAAGCUGAUAAAGAAUUUGAACUCCUGAGGUAUUUCUCCUAUGAUGGCGUCUUAGGCUGCUGACCCGUGAGUGGUCCUUGGUGCACUGCCUGCGUCUCUGUGUUUACUGAGGGGGGAGACUCAUCGCUUACUGUCAUCCCCUCUCUCUGAUCUGGGCCUGUAAUGACUGUAGCAUAUGCUUCAUGUGUGUGGGGAGGGACAUACUGUGUGUGUGUGUGUGUGUGCAGGGACAUACUGUUCGGGGUAGCCUUCAUACAUCUGAUAUUUCCCAUCUGUAAAUCUUCAUCGAAAGCUCCUUCAGAACCUCAGACUGACCUGGUGUGUGUGUGUGUGUUUGUCUUUCACAGAGAAAUGGGCAAGGCCACGACUGCAUCUUCUCAGAGAUUGUCCUGGAGAAUAACUACACAGCGCUGAGAAACGCACGCUACGAGGGCUGGUACAUGGGGUUCACCAGACGUGGACGCCCCCGGAAAGGCUCGCGAACGCGGCAGCACCAACGUGAGGUCCAUUUUAUGAAACGAUUGCCUCGGGGAUCCCAUCCCACCCAUCCGGCCCAGCACAAGCCCUUUGACUUCGUCCACUACCCCUUCAGCCCCAGGACUAAACGCACACGCUUCUCAGCCAAACGCUGA